AUGCGUUUUUAUUGGCUGUUUCUACCGACCACGUUUGAAAUUUUUUCCUUACGUGAUCAACGGAGAGGUAAAACUAUGAAACUAUAUGGGUGUCUACUCUUAUUUGGACUAAUAUUAUGUAUUGGUGCUAGUUCUCGCCGAGAUUCACAACGAAGUUUUGCUGAUUUCGACAGAAGUGAUGAGGUAGCCGAACUACGUCGAGGACAUCUCCAAGCUGAAUCCUCAUUCGACGCCAAACGCUAUUUGAGCACUUCAGGUAAUGGUGUACCACUUCUGAAUAUAACUGUCAUUCAUCGCGGUUUCUAUUUUGUAACGGUAAAAAUUAAUUUUCUCCGAAAUGAAAUACAAGAUGAAUUCGAGACUGAAUCGUUUUUCGAUGGAACAAAUAAAGUAUUCAAUCUGCAAAAGAGUCAAUCGGAUGUUAUCACGUUCGUGCGUAUACGUUUUCAUGUUGUUGGUUCAAUGAGCUUAUUCGGUGAUUUCCAAAUCCAAGAUCCCACGAAAGCUAAUCUUUGUUUCGUUCUCUCUGGUACUGCAUUCACACCAGUAUAUAGUAUUUGUGCACCCGAUGAAGAUUACAGUCGUAAAUAA